UCUGGCGGCGUAACGGACGUCGCGUUGCUGUGAGUACGCGAGUUAACAUUUAACUUGUGUUUUGGUGAGGGGAUAUGGUGAGCUGAACUGUCUCUUCGUCAUUCACUUCGAUACCUUUACACGUUGUGUUGGCGGUGUGGAUUUAUUUCAGGAGGCAUGGCGAUGUAGACGGGAACCAUGGGUACUCAUCAAUCCCGCCUGGACAAGACGUUGAAUCACGAAGAAGUCAAUUUUGACCACUUCCAAAUCCUACGGGCGAUUGGCAAAGGCAGUUUUGGCAAGGUUUGCAUAGUUCAGAAGAAGGACACGAAGCAGAUGUACGCAAUGAAGUACAUGCAUAAGAACCAAUGCCUUGAGAGGGAUGCACUAAAAAAUGUCCUCAGGGAAGUCGACAUCCUCACUCAGCUGGAGCAUCCUUUUCUAGUGAACCUGUGGUUUUCAUUCCAGGAUGAAGAAGAUCUCUUCAUGGUGUCAGAUCUGCUUCUGGGAGGAGAUUUGAGGUACCAUAUCGCUCAGGAGGUGCCUUUUACUGAGGAUGGAGUGAGGCUUUACAUCUGUGAGUUAGGUUCAGCUCUCGACUACCUUCAAAGUAAAAGUAUAGUUCACAGAGACAUAAAACCGGACAACAUACUACUAGAUGAAGAAGGGCACGCGCACAUAACAGAUUUCAACAUCGCAACGUUUCUCAGAGACGGCCAGUUAGCAACGUCAAUGUCCGGGACCAAACCUUAUAUUGCGCCGGAGAUCUUCUCCUGUGUAGUGGACGUCUGUGUUGGCUACAGUUUCCCGGUUGACUGGUGGUCUCUAGGAGUCACCGCCUACGAAGUUCUGGCGAGGGAGCGGCCUUUCGACAUCCAUUCAGCCACGUCAAUAAGUGACGUACGUACCCUCCUCGGCAACCCCGUCACUUACCCCAAGUCCUGGAGCUCUGGCUUCGUGGACCUUAUAAGUAAGUUGCUGUGUGUCGAGCCUGGAGCACGGGUCAGCAGUCUGGAAGAUCUGAGACAAGUCGCUUGCCUCAGGAGAACAGACUUCGAGCAAAUACUGGAAAAACAAACCAAACCGGCCUUUGCACCACCGAGGGACCACCUAAACUGUGACCCCACGUUUGAGUUGGAGGAGAUGAUUGUGGAGGCUCGGCCGUUACACAAAAAGAAGAAAAGGUUAGCGAAGCAACGGUCGCUACGUGGAUCGGUCAGUGUUGAUAUCACGGAUGUCGAUCUGGAGGAACAUCUGUCAGAGUUCCGGACCUACAAUCGGGAGAAGGAGCUGGUCCGGCGGGAGAUGGAACGCAAGGAACAGGACUGGGAACAGGAACUCAUAGAGGCAAUGAACGCUUCAACAGUUAGCACCAACUCCCCUCAACCAGGUCACAGUCUAGGAAUUCCGAGUCCGAACAGGAGGAGGUCGUCUUGCAAACUGAACGUGACACCUUCCAGUGUUCAGACUCGUCUGGCCGCUACUCCUUCCAGAACUGCAAACCACAGUCCUAGUAGUCCUCCAGACACCAUCAAGAGUCUCAACUACUCUCCCACGAUCGUAGUUACUGAUGCCCAAACAAACGCCUUCCAGUGAUUCCAGACAUUCAGUGCACGGACUCGUAUUACUAACAACAGUGUAGUCGUCAAGACACAUUAAGAGUCCCGACCAUUAUAUCAACAACUACGUUAUUGAUAUCCAAGCCUCUUACUUCCAGUGACUUCUGGUAUACCACAGACAUGAAAGUUGUCCAGAGUUCCUUAGCAUUAUUCAUGUUCUCCAAGUUGUUUCUUGCAGAAUAAUACAAUUAAGAUUCUUUGGGAAUAACAAAUGUAACUUUGCAUUUUACCGAUGAAUAAGAAAAUAAAAUCCAAUGGUUUUGGAUGUCACUUUUAGCAUGCACAAUAAUUUUACCUAUAAUACACCUAUGUAUCUUAACAAACCUGACUACUUAACACUUAAUGGUAUGUGUAAAAUAAAGUUCAAUGACUAUAUAAAGUCGUAUUCGGUCAUUAUCGGUUAUCAGACCAUUUCUUUCUUCAUCUUUUACCAUCCUGUUUUGCUCAUUUCGUUUGUAUUGCUAGCAAUACAAAAAGUUUUAAUCUAUACUUACUUAUUUCGUAUAUGCUAUCAAGAUAUUUAGUCACCUCCAUUUACCUGUUCCAAAAUAUAGAAUAGUGUUACAUUCACUAUUACACAACGUGAAUUGUACUCGGUGUUACAGACACGCGCCAACAUCUAUCCCCAUCACGUUUCAUCAAAAGAAUGAGACAAAAUCACAGUUCGGAGAAGCAUCAAAUUACAAGAAUAUCCACAGUUAACGUCACUGAAGGGACGUUCUUACUUAAAAUUAUUUUAUACACCGUAGACCAAAUAUUCAAUUUUGAUUUUCAUGAUUGACCCUGUUAGUCAUGAUUUGUAUCAGAUUUGUAUCAUUUUGUAUCUUUGGUAGUUCAUCCAAUUAACUUUAAUACUCAUAACAUCGUUAUAACUUAUGUUACAGUAUAACCUUUCAAUGAUUAAAUAAAUAUCUAUCACUUGGAGGCAUUUAGGCACUGUGUAAAACCUACAAAAUGAAAUAUACUAAAGUUUUAUUGCUGUAUGGUACAGAGCCAAGAAUUAUUUUAAUAAAAUAUUUCUAGUGAAAUAAAUAGUGGCCUAAAACAGCAAUGGACAUAUUUUACGCCGAAAUGGAGUCGUCGUACUUUUAAUGCUUGAUAUUUUCAAAUAUGAAAUAGAUGAAUUAGUUUUAAAAACGAGUUUUUAACUAUUUAAAGGCUGACUCAGUAUUUUUAUUUCUUAAAAUGACUAAUUGGUAAAGCAAUCAUAUUCUAAUAAAAUGCUGAUUAUCUAUAUCUUAUAUUUACGAUAAUUUCAAAUAUAGUAUUCAUUUUCCAAUUUCCAGUCUUUGUGAAUAGAUGUAAAUAGUUUAGAAAUCACGAAGGUAGAUUAGCAAGCAAAACAUUUUUAAGUGUUUAGUUAAGCAAAUUGAAUAUGGAUUUACUAAAUGUUUAAGUAAGUGUCUAAGCAGUGAUUAAUGUAAUUUAUUUUUAAUCCUGUAAGGAACUUAAUUUAUGAGACUAGAUUUGUAACAGUAUAGAAUAUUUUUAAACGGCAGUUGAUAUUGAUUUGAAUGCGAAUCAUAUUUAUAGUUUUAAGCCCUAAUUGAUGUUUGCAUAUCUCUGCUUUGGUGUUUCUUAAAUUUCAUAUUUUCAUUUUAUUAUUCGGGUAAAGAAAUUAUAGGUACAGAAAAAUCAAAUAAUGUAAUAAUUGAUCAUAGUACUGAUCCUAAAUACCAAAACUCUCUUUUGAGUGGUAUUGAAAUAAAUUUUGUUGAUUAUUGAGGAAUAUAUACAUGUGUAUAAUAAUAUUAAUAUCUGAAGAUAAUAAUAUGAAAAAAAUCAUACUGUCGUUAGGUAUUAUUUUAAUAAGUAUUUUUUAUAAUAUACUAAUAAUUAAGUAAAUUUAAAACUUGAAAGUAAAUAUUGCAUUAUUAUAUACAUUUUUUAGUAUAUUAUAUUUUUCCCCCUUCAUAUUACUGAUAGUCAAUGUAACGUCAACAACAGUUUUAACUUCACUUUCCACAUAGCCUAAACUGAAACCUACCACUUUCGGUAUGCGUAGAAAAUCAUCUCAGAAACAUAUAUCUAUAUUUUUGUAGAACAUAUUCACUAAAUAAGCAAAGAAAUGCUUUUAUGACGCUAUUUUCAAUAAGUGAAUAACUAAGUACUUUUAUGCGCCAAUUUCAUGACUGUGAUCAACGAUUUACAGUUCAUACUUCGUGGAAACGUGAAUUAAUGGGUGGCUGUUUUGGCGGCUAUCUUGAUUCAGCAUCAUUUGAAUAAUGAUAUACUUCAUGCACAUUUAUUAUCUUAUUUUAGUCGUAAAGUUAAGUAAAGCUAAAAUAAAUACGCAUCCAAACACCUGUUUAGUUUGUUUUUGCUAUUUUUAUUGGUUAUCAUAAUAAAAAUAUAAAACUUUUUAUAAUUAACGAUUUACGUAUUAAAAGUAUAAAGUUUUGCAAGAAAAACCAACAAGUAAUUAGAUGCAUAUAAUAAUACUUUAAAUUGAGAUAUCGCUCAUAGUUCUACGAUUAAAAAUAAGGUCGUAAAAGUGUGUGAAGUUUAACAUUGUUCUUAUGGAAGAAAAGUAAAGGUACUUUCAGCUUUUGGCUGAAGUGGUUUUCCACAGCGAGGGUGAAAUACGUUAGGAAUAUUAUUCAUUCAGUGAUACAUGUUGAAGCCGUUAAACUCAGUUUAUAGCUAAUUAUUUGUUUGACUUAUAUUAGAUAUACAGAGUGAGUUUUAUGUCCUGGCACACCUGGAUAUAAUUUAAACGGCCCCAGAUAUCUAUGUGAAACCUUGACCCUACCUAUUAUAACACAUUUUUUUAAUUUUUCAAGUUGUUGAACAUUUUGUCCCCCUUUUCUAAAUGGGGGUAAAGGGGGGCAACUAUACAUUUUCAAAUACAAACCCCUAUCAUGUGACCCCUCAUUUUAAAGGGAAUAACAAAAGAAAUCCAA